UCGGUUCUGUGCUGGGACAGGCUGCGGGGGAGCUGCCCCUGGGCGGGGACCGCGGAGCCGGCCUGCUGCGGUGCCUGGUGUCUAAGAUGCCAGAAGGCCCAGAGCUGCACCUGGCCAUCUGCUACAUCAACACGGUAUGUGCAGGGCUCAUCUUCUCAGGGAAGGUGGAGAAGUCUGAAGUGAGCAGGAACCCAGAGGUGCUGUUUGAGAGCAAUGCGUACCUGAUCUCUGCCACCUCACGGGGCAAGGAGAUCAAGCUGACCCUGACACCACUCAAAGAGGAGAAGAACACGCUCCCUGGCAGAGGGAGAGACAAGAGCCAGAACGGUCUCCAGCAGCCAAUGGAUCUUGUCUUCCGCUUUGGAAUGUCAGGCAGCUUCAAGCUCACCUCCGUGGCCGAGCUGUCCAUACAUGCCCAUCUGCGGUUUUACACCAAGGAGAGCCCGCACCCAGCCCUCUGCUUCAUGGAUUUCAGGCGCUUCAGGAGGUGGGAAGUGCAUGGGACGUGGCAGCCGGAUUGAGGGCCAUGUGUGAUGCUCGAGUAUGAGAAAUUCAGGGAGAACGUGCUGAGGAACCUGUCUGACAAGGCUUUCAACAAGCCCAUCUGCGAAGCCCUGUUAAAUCAGAAGUUUUUCAAUGGGAUUGGCGACUACCUCCGAGCCGAGAUUCUCUACAGGUUAAAGAUCCCUCCCUUUGAGAAGGCUCGGACGGUGCUAGAGGCUCUUCAGCAUCGGAAGCAGAGUCCGGACCUGAGCUUGAGCAAGAAAGUGAAGUUAAAGCGGGAGAAUCCAGACCUGCUGGAGCUCUGCCAUGCAGUGCCCGUGGAGGUCAUUCACAUGGCAUGGGGCACAGUUCACUUCCAGGUGGCUGUCACGUGAACUCCAGCUGGAGAUGAUCUUCAAAGAGGAGGAAAAGGUACAAAAAAUGAGGAAUAGAGGCCCCAAAUCACCUUUCUCUCCUCAUCUCUACUCAAGGCAUCGACAGUGUUUGAAAGACAAAGAACCUGGGGAGGGGUCCUGGCUUGGGAGGAAUCCAGUCAGACUGUUGUAAGCCUAUCGUGAGAGAAACCUUCUUGCUCCAAGUUCACUUAGCUUGUUAGGUUAGGUAUUAGUUUGCAUUUUAUCUUUUAUUUCUUUGUAAACAAUUCUGACUUUUAUGCCUUAUUCCUUGUAAUCACUUAAAAUCGAUCUUGGAUUGAAGUGUUUGGGGAAACUCCAUAUGGACAGCAAGGUUUGUGCAUAUCAUUUUCUAUUAAUGAAAUGAUGGGUUUUCUAUGAGCUUUUAUUGACAAGAAGGAGAGAGCUGAGCAGUGCAAGUCGCCCAUUUCUGGGGACACGUCUGGGACUGGGAAUUUGCUUAUGUCCCUCUGCAGUAUAAUUCAGGAGUGGCUAGCAAAGACCACUCGUCUAACUCAGCUGGGAGUAGUUUACAUGCUAGAGGCUGUGAGCAAGCCAGGAAUGUCUGCUCUCACAGUGAAGCAGUGUAAAAGGCAGCCUAUGCUGAGGGAAGACAGCUGUCCAACAGUCCAGAUUGUACCCUGGUUGGGUGAAAGUGAGCCGGUACAGCGUACCAGUCAGGAGCCAGGACUGACCCAUAUGCAGCCCACGUUAAAGCUCUAUGGGCAAAGCUUUAACAUCCCUGUCCCUUUUGCCUUCCCUGUCAGCUCCCCUGCCCGUAAAGUCCAUACCGUUGCCCCUCCUGCCUUUGCCCCGCCGGCUGGCAAUUUAAAAGGGCCAGGGGCUCCCGGCCACUGCUACUGCAGCAGUGGCCUGGGCCCUUUUAAAUCAUCGCCGGAGCCCUGGGUGGUGGGGGUCAGGCAGCAUAGAUGGGCUGGCUGGGGGAGACUGCCACUCCCAGCUCCGCCUCUUCCGCCCGAGGCCCUGCCCCUUCUGGGGCUGCCCCCUGUAUUGGUAAGAAUUUAUUAUUACUUUUACCCUUGACCCUGGAGAAUGUCACAACCCCCAACCUUUUCACUUCGUCAUCUUUAGCAACAUCCAAGGCUCCUAUGCUAACAAGCAAUGGCCAAGUCUUUCACCUAGGAAACAAGUGACCAAAGCAAGUUCCUACAGAAAUGCAACUGGCUUUUCAUAGGAAAUACUUCUCUUGGCCUGAUGAGUGAUAGCACAGCUAAACUAUGCCAUGCCGAGAGGUAACAUCCUAUCCCCAAAACAGUGUUUUUUAGAAGUGACUCUUCCUGGUGCAGGGCAUGGUAAGGGGAUUCAUGGCCCUGGGUGGCACCUACUGCUACAAAAGUCCCAGUUGAGCAGCAAAUACCCCCUGAAAGAUUCCUUUCUUUCACAUUUAUGUAUCAGUGAUCUUGCAUGCAUGUGUCUCUUGUGGUAAGUGGGAGACACACGGUCCAGUGGAUCUAGCUCACCCACUGGCCUGCUGGUUGAUGUUUAGUCUACCAGCCAGAUUUAAAAAGGGGUCUUAUUAGUGACCUGUCAACUAGAAAAGUGUCAUCGCUAUCAUGUUAGAUGCAUGCCUGGUGCUCAUCACCGGGUGUAUGGAGCUGCUGAAAGAGGAUCAGUUUUGGUAUAUCAUGUAAUGCUCAAAUGUUAUUGGGUAGCCAAUCUGGAAAAAUCAUAAAAUCACAAAGAGCAAUAAUUUGAAGCAACAUAGUGUAAUUUUGACCAGAAUUGGCAGAAAGCUUCUAAAUACAAUUGAUAAUGUAACUAUACACUCAAACUAGUAUUGGUUGGGAAAUAUUUAGCCCCAGGUGAUACCUUUUAUGCAUUUUCCCUUACUUUUUUGCCUUUGAUUAAAGCAAAAGUCUGUAGUCACAUGACAGCGUGAGCUUGUUUGACCAUGUGUUACACUGUCGACUGGAUUUAUGAGAAGUUUUUCUCCAGAUGUUUUAUGACUGUUGGCUACUGUCCAAUGGUUCCUGCACUGGCAAAUGGUGAUAAUACAGUGUAUACCAAGAAGAAUUAUAUUCAGGCUAUGUUCUGCUCUCUGGACCAGACUGGAUCUAUGUUGUUUAUGAUGAAGCAAUCUACUGCAAAGCACAGAUUAUUAAAUAGAGGAAUCAAAAGGAAUUUGACCAUGACCACCUUAAUGUGGGAGGCAUGCAUCCUGCAAUGAAUUUCAUGGAUGGUGUAAGCAGUAUGAUGCAGGAAAAUGGGCAGCCACUUUUGUGCUUCAGUCAGCCAUACACUAAAAAGGACACCAUUAAAAUCCAUGAACUUAUAAAUGAGGCAAUGAAUUGCUUGAAAUGGAUGGCACUUGGUGAUUCCAUGAACAAUAAUGAUCUCCCAGAAGAUGAGACGCGUGUUGGAGAAAACUUGAACAUGCUUUGAAGCUUUGGAGAAGGCACACAGAGAAGACAGAGUGGAAGUACAGAAUGCUAUGGCAGACUUCAUGAACAGAACUCAAUCAGCUCGUGGACUCUUAUGUUACCCAAGGAACAAUCUGUUCAGAUACAUUUCUGUUCUGGAAGAACUAUGUAACAGAUUUCUCCCAACUACCGAUAGAUUACAUAGCAGCAAAGAGAGAUGAUAACAAGACUAUGGAACUUGAGACAUUUGCAGUGUGAUCACGUGAAUUAUGCUAGGUGGGGAUGUGUAACUGUAGCAGAAGCCAGACUUCUAGGGGAGAAGCCAGCUAUACAUCAUGCCCUAGCUGAUAGCCAAGGAGCAGUAUACUGGACUGCUAGACCUUUGAGUGGCAUAUGGCAUGACAUGGCCAUCAAGCAAUCUCUCAGCAAGGACUGUGAGAAGCAUCAUCAUCUUUGCACAAAAGAUAAGGCUCUGACCAAGUAUUACCUGACUGCACAUUUUGAGGCAGCUGUAACAGCUAUGAGAAAAUAAAUGUGUGGAAUGCAGCCUUCAGCAACAGAGCUCCGCCAAGAAGCUACCACACAGUGCAUGGCUGAAGAAGAAACUGCUGUCCCAGAUAUUAGAAAAGUUGUGACUGAAUGACGAAUCCUUUUAGUUCUGAACCUGGAACGAGCCCAGAUGACAGACGGCCAUGUGUGAACACUGCAAUGUGGACUGGGGCCCCACCUGGAAUUGUGCAUGAUACGUGAGAAUGGCCUACAAGAAAGGAAGCAGUUUGUAACCAGCAGGCUGCAAAUGGGUGAGAUGUAGAUCUCUUUGAUCUCAUAGAAAGGUCUAAUCUCAAAUCAUUUGGUAAUCUCAACAAGACAAUCUAACAGAACAAGCAGCGGACAGCACAAGGGAAAGCUACUGAUCAUUGCGUAUUCCGCAAGCUGACAAUUAUCUAGCUCAGAGAUGUUGGUAGCUAGGGUGAUAUGAAGUGUGAGCUGGCACCUGUUCCACUUUCCCUCUUAAACUUGGAUGGAACUCUAAGGGCUUGUCUACACUACCCGCCGGAUUGGUGGGUAGCAAUCUAUCGGGGGUGGGGGGUCGAUUUAUUGCA